AGGACAGAGAAGAGGGCCUAGCGCUGCGGCCACGGGUUAGGUUAAAUUAAGACAUUUCUGGGCUGAGCGUUGCGGCUAGGACAGGCUCAUUUUUCAGAUAAGAGAAAAAUAUAAGCUGUUGAAUACUGAGCAUUGAUGUACCAAUGAAUGUUGUAACGUACUGUAGUGGUUCCUGUACUUACUGAAAAAUUAUACAGUGCUUUGCCUUCCAUCUCCGAAAAAGAAGAGGAAGAGAGUCAAUAAGAAUGAAAGAUUUACCUAGCCCUACUUUUCCACCUCUUGCUUCGUCUCUACUUUCUCCUCCUUCAUUGGAUUCAAUGUGCCCUGAUGUCAUCUAUCACAUUAUUCAGUUCCUGGACUACAGGAGUAAGAAAGUGGUGAGGGAGGUGUCCUCUGUUCUCAGGGAGAAAGUGGAAAGUUGUGGGGAUAAAUCGGUGUUUUAUUGGAAGUUAACUGAUGAACUGAUGAUCAAGUUUGCUGAUGAUGUUAAAAAGAUAUUAGGUGUACAAGUUAAAGAUGCUGCAGAUAAUGGUGUGGAGUAUCUUCUCAAGAAACAUCCGGAACUUGUUAAGUUUCAGCUUGGGGAAAGAAGAAUGUUGUUCGGCGAACAAGGAGAAGAAGCAAUCUAUUUCACGAUAGCUGGACUCAAUACACUAUUGUCUAUGCCAGGGCUUACUUCUCUGAGCAUUAUAAGUCGUAUUGAUAUCAAUCCUGCUAAUGUAACCAAGAUUAUGUCCAAACAAUUACAAACUUUAGAUCUCUCAGGCAUAAAAGAUAUCGAUGAUGCCUUCUUUCUACAUAUUGUAGAGCAGUGUGGGAAAACUCUGAAAUUCCUGAAUUUAUCAUAUUCACAGAUUUCUGGCGACAAAUUGGUAGAUUGUAACGGGGCUCUGCCCUGCUUAGACACACUGGAACUGCAAAAAUGUAGUAGGCUCACUGUUACGGGUCUCUAUCAGAUAUUCAAGUCCUGUGGUAAAACACUAAGAUCCCUGAAUUUGUCUAAAAGUGGAAUAUUCGUAGAAUUAUUUCGUUCGUACGUUGAAUAUUCUGGAAUCCUGGCAUGUUUAGAGAACCUAAACUUGAGUUGUUGUCAAAUAACUGAUAUAGGACUUCUGCAGAUAUUCAAGGUUUGCGGUAAAACUAUUAGAUCCAUGGAUUUGAGUGAUUCAGAUAUAACUGGGGAGAGUUUGGUUGAAUAUUCUGGAACCCUGGCAUGUUUAGAGAACCUAAACUUGAGUCAAUGUGAACAAAUAACUGAUGAAGGACUUUUGCAGAUAUUCAAGGUUUGCGGUAAAACCAUUAGAUCUAUGGAUUUGAGUAAUACAAAUAUAACUGGGGAGAGUUUGGUUGAAUAUUCUGGAACCCUGGCAUGUUUAGAGAACCUAAACUUGAAUUGUUGUCAAAUAACUGAUAGAGGACUUCUGCAGAUAUUCAAGAUUUGCUGUAAAACACUUAGAUUCAUGGAUUUAAUUGAUACAGACAUAACUGGGGAGAGUUUGGUUGAAUACUCUGGAACCCUGGCAUGUUUAGAGAACCUAAACGGGAGUAGUUCUCCGAUAACUGAUAGAGGACUUCUGCAGAUAUUCAAGGUUUGUGGAACAACAUUAAGAUCCCUGGAUUUGUGUAAUACAUAUAUAACCGGAGAAAGUUUGGUUGAAUAUUCUGGAACCCUGCCAUGUUUAGAGAACCUAAGCGGGAGUGGUUCACCGAUAACUGGUAGAGGACUUCUGCAGAUAUUCAAGGUUUGUGGAACAACAUUAAGAUCCCUGGAUUUGUCUCAUACAUAUAUAACCGGAGAAAGUUUGGUUGAAUAUUCUGGAACCCUGCCAUGUUUAGAGAAACUAAACCUACAAUCAUGUAAAAUCACUGACAGAGGACUUGUGAAGAUACUACAGCAUUUUGGUAAAACACUGAGAUACCUGUAUUUAGACAGAAAGUGCCAAAAAGAAGAAAAUCUGUUGAAAUACAAGAAAAUGGGACUGCUGUUAGAUAGUGUGACUGUCUCUUAAAUUCAUCGAUAACAGCUGUUUUUUAGACACUCGAUUUUUUCAG